AUGAAGGCGACAAAUUAUCAGAAGUGGCUAACAGAAAAACUUAUUCCGAAUUUGCCUCCACAAUCAGUUCUUGUUGUAGAUAAUGCCCUAUAUCACAACGUGCAGGUUAAUAAGGUGCCAACCAGCCAGACCACGAAGGCCAAGAUGAUGGAGUGGCUUACAGUGAACAAUGUGCCAUUUCAUGACGGAAUGCUCAAAAUUCAGCUCUAUGACCUGAUAAAGGCACAUAAACCCCUCCACAAAAACUCUGUAAUGGACAACAUAAUGGCUGCAUAUGGACACACGGCAUUACGACUUCCACUUUAUCAUCCAGACUUGAAUCCGACUGAACUUGUUUGGGCUCAUGUUAAGCAGUCAGUAGGGGCAGAAAAUGUUUCAUUUCAUUUGGAUGACGUGGCAAAGAAGUGUGAGAAAUGGUUCAGUGAAUUUGCAAUAGAGAAUUGGGGAAAAGUUUGCGACCGCACCGAAAAGAAUGAAAAGGAAUAUAUCGUAAAAGAGGGAAUUAGAGAGAACGCUAUAGAAAGAAUUAUCAUCCGACGUUCUGAAGACAGCAGUGACAGCGACUCCAGUGAUAAUGAUACAACUGAACUCGGUGAAAACAGGGACUUGUCUGGAGUGGAACUGUUAGACGAAUAA